AUGUUCAGAGGUCAGAUUGAGAGUUGGGUGCAUGACACUGCAGAGGCGUCGUUCAGACAGUGGCUGUCACUGGUACGCGCUCAAGUCGAGGAUAUUAGCAACAACAGUAAUGACAAUAGCAGACGCAACAGUUUCAGUAAUAAUGGAAGUGAACAGGAACAUAUCACCACAAAGGUGGAGAGCGGCGCAGUCACACCCACCCUGCACAGGAACAUACAACACAAUCACGUGGAGGACGAAGACGAGAUGUCUGACUUCUCUGGUCCACCAUCUAUUGCCGACCAUGAUCUAUCAGACUAUGACGAGGAGUAUGAAGACGAAGAUGAGGAUCUCAACGUACCUGGCUCCUCAUCUGAUGAACAGUACUUUGAGUCAACGGACACAUGGCAACCAUCAGACGCACAAUACAGUGAAGAUCUGAGGAACUACAUGGCAGCACUCAACAGUGAACUGAACUCAAUGCGAAGGAUCAUCGAGGUCAAUCAAACCAGACUCUUGGGUCUGGAGAACUCAUUCGCCAGAUCACAAACAUCAAGACCACUGGCGUUGAGUAAUAGAGUGGAGCCAGUGGUAGCAGCAGCUAACAGCAACAACAGCAACGCCAACGCCAAUGGCGAGUUUAUGACAACUACAACGACAACUACUACAACAAGCAACGAUGCCAAGCUGACAGGAUACAUCACCAAACUGGAAGCACUGGUGAAGCAGCAAAAGGAUGACGAACAGAUGUCACAACAGAGACACAAGGAGUGGGAGGCCAAGGUAUCAGAACUGGAGUCCAAACUGGCGGCAGUCAAGACAUCGUCCAAGGCAAUGCUCUGGUUCAAUGCAUUUGCAUUUGUAUUCUUCCUUGUUGGAUGGCCACUGAUUGCUCGCAAACUGUGGCGUUUCAUCACACCUCUCAUCAAACAAUUGAUGCUUAAACAAAGUUAG